CGGCUCAGAAGACCCCUCUGCCCCCCUCCCCACGGUCUCAACCCCCUUGUGGGAGGCCCAGCCUCACACGGGAGGAUGAAGGUCAUCACCUGUGAAAUCGCCUGGCACAACAAGGAGCCAGUGUACAGCCUGGACUUCCAGCCCAGUGCGCCUGGCCGCACCCACAGGCUGGCCUCUGCGGGGGUGGACACCACCGUCAGGGUCUGGAAGGUGGAGAAGGGCCCGGACGGGAAGGCCGUGGUGGAGUUCCUGUCCAACCUGGCACGCCAUACCAAGGCCGUCAACGUCGUGCGCUUCUCUCCCGGAGGGGAUGUGCUGGCCUCGGGGGGUGACGACGCCGCCAUCCUGCUGUGGAAGGUGAACGACAGCAAGGAGCCCGAGCAGGUGACCUUUCAGGACGAGGACGACGCUCAGCUCAACAAGGAGAACUGGACGGUGGUGAAGACGCUGAGGGGACACCUUGAGGACGUCUACGACAUCUGCUGGGCGGCCGACGGGAACUUCAUGGCCUCCGCAUCCGUGGACAACACGGCCAUAGUCUGGGACGUCAGUAAAGGCCAGAAGCUCUCGAUUUUUAACGAACAUAAAAGCUACGUGCAGGGAGUGGCCUGGGACCCGCUGGGCCAGUACAUCGCGACCCUGAGCUGUGACAGGACGCUGCGUGUGUACAGCACGCAGAAGAAGCGCGUGGCCUUCAACGUCUCCAAGAUGCUCUCCGGAGCCGGGGCGGAAGGAGAGGCCAGGAGCUACCGGAUGUUUCACGACGACGGCAUGAAGUCCUUCUUCCGCAGGCUCAGCUUCACGCCUGAUGGUUCCCUGCUGCUCACGCCUGCCGGCUGCGUGGAGUCUGGAGAGAACGUGACCAAUACCACCUACGUGUUCUCCAGGAAGAACCUGAAAAGGCCCAUCGCCCACCUACCGUGUCCUGGCAAAGCCACCCUUGCCGUCCGCUGCUGCCCCGUCUACUUCGAGCUGAGGCCCGAGCCCGAGCCAGGUGACAGAAGCCCUUCCGGGGAGCCGGGUGCGAAGCUGCUGGCCGCCCUGCCCUACCGCCUGGUGUUCGCCGUGGCCUCCGAGGACUCGGUGCUGCUCUACGAUACACAGCAGCCCUUCCCCUUUGGCUACGUGUCCAACCUCCACUACCACACGCUCAGUGACGUGUCCUGGUCCAGCGAUGGCUCCUUCCUGGCCAUCUCCUCCACCGACGGCUACUGCUCCUUCAUCACCUUUGACAAGGAUGAGCUGGGGACGCCCCUGAAGGAGAGACCCCCACCGCCACCGAGCCUGGGGACACCCGACCCGGCCAGGAAGACCAAGGCCUCCCCUGCACCCCCGGGCCCCAGCCCCCGUUCCGCUGAGGGGACCCCGACCAUCCAGAGCCAGGAGCCCGGCAGCCCCCAUGGCGCAAGCCCCCCGCAGACCAAGGCCCCCCCAGCCCCCUCAGGAACCCGGGACCCUGAAGAGAGGAGACCCCAGCAGCCCGCUGGCCAGAACCCGAAGGGCCAGCCUGCCCGGAGGAUCCCCCUCAACACGCUGCAGGCCUGGAGCAAGGCUCCCCGGAGGAUCAACUUGACGCCUGUGAAGACAGAGACACCUCCAUCCGGUGUGGCCCCUAGCCCACCCGCCCAGGACCCACAGCCAGGUCCCCCCGCUGACCCUCAGGCCAGCCCCCCACAGCUGAAGCGGCCCCGGCUCGAGGAACCAGGUGUCAGUACCCCAGACCCGGAGCCGUGAGGGGCUGCUCCGAGGCCCAGGUCUGGGGACCCUGAGGGGGUGGGGGCAGGGUCGCAGACCCCCCAGCCUCCAGCCUCGUGGACCCUCCUAUCCCCAGAGACUGACUGAGAGGAGACACGUGGGCCUGGCGUUCUCUCGGCUCCAGGCCUCACCUCGGGGACAUGUCAUGAAGGGCACCCUCAAUCUGGAGCCGGGCAGCCUCACCACCCAGUGCGGAGCCAGCACCCCACCCCCUGCGGGCCCUCAGGGGCAGCCUCCCUGGGAGCCGGGCUGUGACCCCUGAGUGACUCAGAUGGCACCCCAGGACGCUGGGCUCCCGCCUCUCCAGAAGCCCACCAGGCUUGCUUCCUGAGUCUUCAAGAUCCUUCUAGAAAGUUAGGGAACCUACAGAUGGCAGGCAGACAGUGCAGCCCACGAGCUCCCUUCCCGGCCGACUUCUGGCCUUGUCUUCUCCAGAGAGAGCUGAGCCUGUCCUUGGGCUCUAAUCCCAUGUCACUCGAGAACUUGCCAGAGCGCAGAAACACCGUCCACCUCGCUCACUGCCCCGUCCUGCCUUGGCUUCCCCGGGACACUGGGGGGCAGGUGGCAGUGCCCUGGGCGGGACCCUCAGCUCAGAGUGGCGACCAGGAGGAGUCUCCUUCCCCACCCAGCAGCUCCGCCAGCUGCACACUGGCUCGGGCUACGCUCGCUCAGAGGAGCAAAGCAGCGGUGGCACUAGCUGGAGUGCAGGGCCUGCGGACGGGAGGUCCUGGCCGGGCUCCCUCCCUGGCCGUGUCUGCCACCCUGAUGCUCUGCUUCUCUUUCUGCCUCCAGGGUUAUCGCUGGGGCUCAGUGCCCGCACUAUGAAUCCACUGCUCCUGCGCCCGUUUUUAAAAUUUUUUUGGACAGGGCAGAAAUCGAGAGAGAUGGGGAAGACAGAGAGGGGGAGAGAAAGCACCCCCCCCCCCCGGUGUAGGUGGGGAGCCGGGGGCUCGAACCAGGAUCCUUGUGCCGAUCCUUGUGCUUUGCACCAUGUGAGCUUAACCUGCUGCGCCACCGCCAGGCUCCCUCUGCUUCUCUCGCCUCAAAUGAACCUUUUACAACACACGUGUUCGCCACAGAGCAAGUGUCCUUGCGGCUUCUCUGCUGCCAGGGGCAGGCUGCUGGGCCUCGUGGUGGUGAGGGCAGGGCUCAGGAAGUCACCUCAGGAAGACAGAAAUGGCCAGGCUGCAACGGGGAGCUGCCUGCUGGCACCGGAUGCCACCUGGGAUCAGGCUGGGAUAGAUGUGACCAUCUGGUGGCCUGAGGGGGGACAGUGGGUGAAGUAUGGGAGGUCCCCAGGUCCAUCCCCAGCAUUGCGGGUAGCAGAGGGAUGCUCUGUUCCUCUCUCUCUCUCUCUCUCUCUUAGAUGGAAAUAAAUAUUUUUUAAAUGUAAA